AUGGAUCUUGACAACAACAUCCAACCGGUCAACCUUGACCUCCUGCCUCCUAGUCUGCAUACAGGCUUAUCAUCUGGUGGUGGCUCGACUCAGAAUGAUCAGUCUGGCACUCCUUGUUACUGUCUCCCCUUGCCCUUGCCCUCUACAGCUCUCAUUCCUAGUGGAAGGUCUCUUGCAUCAAUGGGAGGUACCUCAGGUUUUUAUUCUGGUCAACAUGUCUCUGGCUUCCAAUCUGCUGCCUCCCUUCCCCAUGCCAACAUCAACAUGCCCAUUGCUCUCCUCAUCAACUUCCACAUGCUCAUGCACAAGGUUGCUGCUGGGGUCCAGCUCCCUACCGCCAAGAUUGGUAGACCCCAACCUAUGAUGCAGCCACAGAUGGACCACAAGGUCUGUGGGCAGCUUAUGUAA